CCCCGCAGCCGCGAUGCCCGCGGCCCGGCCGCCCGCCGCGGUACUCGGCGGGACCUCGCUGCUCCUCGCCCUGCUCCUGGGGAGCCCCGCGGCAGCUCUGGCGGGAGAUGGGCCCCGGGAAGGAGACACUGGCCCUUCGGGUGCUUCCCUUCUGCCCUCGGGAGCGCUGGGGAGUAGCAGCGGUCUGAGCAAAGAGAGCCUCGAAGAGAAAGUGACUUUGGCCCCUCUGAAUCCAGCGCAGUCGGGGGAAGAUCUUCGAGAGCCGGGGCUAGAAGGGGCAGUCCCUUCGGCCGCCCUGUCCACGCGGCUGCCGGAGGAGGCCGCCACCAAGCGCGCCCUCCCCUCCGGGAAGAAGCUGCCUUCGCUCAAGCAGGUGAACUCGGUCAGGAAACAGCUGCGGCCCAAAGCCACCUCCACUGCAGCUGUCCAGAGGGCGGCGUCCCCGCCUGCAUCCUCGGGCCUGGGGCUCCUCUCCUCCGACACCGAGAAGCCCCGCGCCCCGGGAGACCCCGAGCCCGCCGCCUCCGAGGAGCCCCUCUGGCUGGACCGGAAGGCAGGUGCAGUCCCCACGACGCCCGCACCCCUGCAGAUCUCCCCCUUCACCUCGCAGCCCUACAUGGCCCACACGCUCCCCCAGAGGCCCGACCCCGGGAAGUCUGCGGCGCCUGAUGAUGCCCCCGAGGCUCCCCCAGAAGAUGCCAGUCCCAUGACCUUAAUGGACAAAGGCGAGAACGAACUGACCGGAUCAGCCUCAGAGGAGAGCCAGGAGACCACGACAUCCACCAUCAUCACCACCACAGUCAUCACGACUGAGCAGGCCCCGGCUCCCUGCAGUGUGAGCUUCUCCGAUCCUGAAGGGUACAUCGACUCCAGUGACUACCCACCGCUGCCCCUCAGCGGCUUCCUGGAGUGUACGUACAACGUGACGGUCUACACUGGCUACGGUGUGGAGCUCCAGGUGAAGAGCGUGAACCUGUCUGACGGCGAGCUGCUCUCCAUCCGCGGGGUGGAUGGUCCCACCCUGACUGUCCUGGCCAACCAGACUCUCCUGGUAGAGGGACAGGUUAUCCGAAGUCCCACCAACACCAUCUCUGUCUACUUCCGGACCUUCCAGGAUGACGUCCUUGGGACUUUUCAGCUGCACUAUCAGGCCUUCAUGCUGAGCUGCAAUUUUCCCCGCCGGCCCGACUACGGGGAUGUCACGGUGAUGGACCUGCACCCGGGCGGGGUGGCCCACUUCCACUGCCACCUGGGCUAUGAGCUCCAGGGCGCCAAGACGCUGACUUGCAUGAACGCCUCCAAGCCACACUGGAGCAGCGAGGAGCCCGUCUGUUCAGCCCCUUGUGGAGGGGCUGUGCACAAUGCCACCAUUGGCCGGGUCCUCUCCCCAAGUUACCCAGGAAACACUAAUGGGAGCCAGUUCUGCGUGUGGACCAUCGAAGCUCCAGAGGGCCAGAAGCUACACCUGCAUUUCGAGAGGCUGUCAUUGCAUGAGAAGGACAGGAUGAUGGUCUACAGUGGCCCCACCAACAAGUCUGCUCUUCUCUAUGACUCCCUCCAAACCGAGAACGUCCCCUUUGAGGGUCUGCUGAGUGAGGGCAACAGCAUCCGCAUUGAGUUCACCUCUGACCAGGCACGAGCAGCCUCAGCCUUCAACAUCCGGUUCGAGGCCUUUGAGAAGGGCCACUGUUAUGAGCCCUACAUUCAGAAUGGGAAUUUCACCACAUCUGACCCGACCUAUAACAUCGGAACCAUAGUGGAGUUCACCUGCGACCCCGGCCACUCUCUGGAGCAGGGUCCAGCCAUUAUCGAGUGCAUCAAUGUGCGAGACCCCUACUGGAAUGACACAGAGCCCCUAUGCAGAGCCAUGUGUGGUGGGGAGCUCUCUGCCGUGGCCGGGGUGGUGCUGUCCCCAAACUGGCCAGAGCCGUAUGUGGAAGGUGAAGAUUGUAUCUGGAAGAUUCACGUAGGGGAGGAGAAACGGAUCUUCUUAGAUAUCCAGUUCCUGAACCUGAGCAACAGCGACAUCCUGACUAUCUAUGAUGGCGAUGAGGUCAUGCCUCACAUCUUGGGGCAGUACCUUGGGAACAGUGGUCCCCAGAAGCUGUACUCAUCCACGCCGGACUUAACCAUCCAGUUCCACUCGGACCCUGCUGGCCUCAUCUUUGGGAAAGGCCAGGGAUUUAUCAUGAACUACGUAGAGGUAUCAAGGAAUGAUUCCUGCUCAGACCUGCCGGAGAUCCAGAACGGCUGGAAAACCACCUCUCAUACGGAGCUUGUGAGAGGAGCCAGAAUCACGUACCAGUGUGACCCGGGCUAUGACAUAGUGGGGAGUGACACCCUUACCUGCCAGUGGGACCUCAGCUGGAGCAGCGACCCCCCGUUUUGUGAGAAAAUUAUGUACUGCACCGACCCCGGGGAAGUGGACCACUCGACCCGCUUAAUUUCGGAUCCCGUGCUGCUGGUGGGCACCACCAUCCAAUACACGUGCAACCCUGGCUUUGUGCUGGAGGGGAGCUCUCUUCUAACCUGCUACAGCCGAGAGACUGGCACGCCCAUCUGGACGUCGCGCCUACCCCACUGUGUUUCGGAAGAGUCCCUGGCGUGUGACAACCCUGGCUUGCCCGAAAACGGUUACCAAAUCCUGUAUAAGCGGCUCUACCUGCCAGGAGAGUCCCUCACCUUCAUGUGCUACGAAGGCUUUGAGCUCAUGGGCGAAGUGACCAUUCGAUGCAUCCUGGGACAGCCAUCCCACUGGAACGGGCCCCUGCCCGUUUGUAAAGUUAAUCAAGACAGCUUUGAACAUGCAUUAGAAGUAGCAGAAGCAGCAGCUGAGACAUCGCUGGAAGGGGGAAAUAUGGCACUGGCUAUCUUCAUCCCAGUCCUCAUCAUCUCCUUACUGCUGGGAGGAGCCUACAUUUACAUCACCAGAUGUCGCUAUUACUCCAACCUCCGCCUGCCCCUGAUGUACUCCCACCCCUACAGCCAGAUCACCGUGGAAACCGAGUUUGACAACCCCAUUUAUGAGACAGGGGAAACCAGGGAGUAUGAAGUUUCCAUUUAAGGAGAGCUGCUCCUGAGAAGGGAGCUCACAGAUCAGAACUCAACUACAACCUCCUUGAGAAAUUCAUCCAGAGACCACGUGGCAUUUGAUCGAAACCCCAGAAUGUUGUCCGUCUUUUCUUUAGACUCUUUAUUGAAGAUUCACUGUUUUCUUUGCUGUAUUUAUUAUAUUUAAAAUCGAAAUAGGUGUGUUUGGAGGGGUCGCAGCUGCGGCCAAAUCCAUGUGACAAUCUCCUUUCCAAAGGCAGGCGGAUGACCUGCAAAAUGACCAACAUGGCAGCAAAGGGGGGAAAAAAAGCAGCUGGGUUUCCCCAUCAGCAGGGGCCAUCAUCUGCAGCUCUUGCUGCAUCAAAUUGCACGCAUUUGGGAUCCACGCCCUUGGUGCUUUUAGGACAAAUCCAAGCCCCAGGAUUAGGUUGGAAAGGGUAUCUCUUGAUGGAUUAACUUGGGUCGGACUUUAGCUUGAACAGGUCUGCUCCAAAACAAAUCCCGGGUCUGCUCUUCCAAAUGCUCUCAGCUUCUAGAAGGUCUCGCCACAUCCCCUCCUCCCAUGAUCCUUCCAAAGGCGGCAAAGGUGUGACCAUGAGCAUUCUCGUCUGCCACCCUGGCCUCAUUGGAUGCUGGCAGAAUCAGAAAAUGUUGCAGGGUGGAUGAGAGAUUUGAGAAUUCAGAGAGAGUGUGGGGGUGAGGGGGGGCAUUGAGUGAGGGGAUCAAGUUAGUAAAACGUUCUUUCCUCUGACCCUCCACCAAUAAUGAAAGGGAAGGGAAUUUAUGCUACAGGUGACAGAACCAAUCCCUUUGUUCAGCGGGGGCCCCCUCAAGCUGUGACUGUAGAUGCCCAUGGGGAGCUUCACCCACAUAGUUACAUAGUCCAUAUUUUGGUAGCUUGUCUAGGCAGUUCUGGAGCAAGGGUAGGGCAGUUGGUUUUGACAUACACAUUGCCUCCUCCUGGAUAGAAGCUUGGGCUUCAAUUUUGGGGGACCUGAGGCCCAAUACUUUCCUUCUGCCAGAAAAGAAUCCUGCUCAUAUGCUCCUUAAGGCAUGCAUUCAUGACACACAGCAAGAGAUAGUUCAAGGCUGCUUUCCAGCCACCCAAAACCCACCCCAUUUUAUGCAAACAAAAACAAAAACAAGAAACAACCAGAGAAUUGUUCCAGACCAUUAGUAAGUAAUGUCAUGUUUGGAGAAGGUCCAACGAUGCAAAUAAUGUAACCUUUCUUUUAAAAGGCAGAAUCCAGUCUUUGCUUUUAUUUCCAUUUGAUGCUUAUUCUAACCCUAACCCUGGGUCAUCUGGAAGGAAGAACUCUAUUAAUGAUAUUUAAUUUUAGAACAUACUAUGGUUACGUGCAAACUAAACAUUUGUCUUUUGUCGAGACUGACAAAAUAUGAAAUCUUUAUUCUAACCCUGUUCCCUAAAAGUGGCCCAAGAAUCCUUAUUGGCUGUUGGAGGAAUAGAAAAGGUGUUGAUUUUUUUUUUUUCAGGAUACCGAUGUCUUAGUUUUGUCUUAGUAGUACAACGCCUAUGACCAUGUUUUACAAGUUUAUUUUCACCACAGAUGGAUCGUGUGAGCUUGGCAAUGUACAGUGUGAUUGGAAAGACAGGUUGGUGUCUGUUUUUCUUUUUAGGAUAUCUGAAUGUGUAUUUGUAAUAUGUAAAGGUAAAAACAUAAUAAUUGUGCCAAAAAUGUACUGGGCAUCUCAUUUCAGCUCAUACGUGUCUGUUUUUAUAAGAUCAAUGUCAAAACCCCUUGGGAUUAAAUAUUUUUGAACAGGAUACAAUCUUGAGCAACUCAAGAACCAACUGAACCUUCCUACAAGCCACUCUUUGUUUUUAAAACAGUGGGGAAAUACGUUUACAAAGAUUUCGAGCUUCAAAGAAUGCAUGUGAUGGUGUGUAUUACAUGCUAAUUCAUAUAAGCUGUAUCUGUCAGCUACCGCCCUGUGCUUUAAAAAUGCACACACUCGAUCCCUUUCAUCUUGGAGCUCCUCUUUUUGCUUUUUUUUGGGGGGGUGGGGAGGAGUAGAAUUAUUUAGCCAACAUAAGUAUGCUGGUUGCAACUUGAGGGCCAUCCUACUUAGUUCCAUAGACAUGCUUUAAAUAUGAUCUUUUUAAAGCCAGCUCCGUGGAAAGUCUCCAGUAACUCAGGCUGACAGCUUUGGAAACUGCAAAACUGCCCAGCAGGAAGCAAAGCAGCAACAUAAUUAGGAUGGGUUGUAUAAGCAGAAGUGACUUGGCAAAUAUAUGGGUAGAUUAAGGCUGCGCAUAAGCCUUGGGCAAAAAUGACCUUUCUUUGGGGGUAAAUCCGAAGGGUAUGACUUUCCUAUGCCCUUGAGAAGUCAUGGGGGUGGGGGACGGGGCAGUCAUGCGAGGUCAGAUAUUAUGGAGUUGUCCAGCACCCUCAAAGGUAGGCUUUCUCCUGGGACGUUUUCACUUUCAUUUUAUCCCCAAACAGAAUAAAAAGCAAAACAAACUUUCUAAGCUAGAAUAAUGAAGUUAAGUCAUUUUCCACUUUGUAUAUAUUGAUGCUAAUAAAACAAAUGAAAAAGA